AUGCAACGUUUGAUUCGCUCCGUUCUCGACCGCUUUUCGCAAAACGGUUCUUCUACUAACCUCAAAAAUUCGUUGACUACUGGUUCAUCUGCGACCUCAAAUGCCCCCCAAGAGAUCUACCCGACUUUGCCAAAUGCUUCCCCUUCUAAGACGAUAAUUACGCUGCCUUCGCAAACGCGAUUGACGAGUGGUGCAGAUGUACAUCGAUACAGUCGAGAAAGUUAUGGUUUCGAAGCAAGAAACGAGUCGACGGACGUUCCAUUUUAUGAGGAAUUCCCUCCGAACGCAAUCGUCGUCUACACGGAUGCAAGUUGCCUCCGGGGAAUAGCGACUGGAAUUGCGAACUUUUUUGGAAACGAUCACCCACUUAAUCUCUCCAUGCGGCUAAAUUUGAACGAGCAUAAUAGUGGGAAAGGAGAGAUUUAUGCGACGACAAUGGCUCUUCACCGUGUCGCACAUUGGGAAGACUACAAUGGCGAACUAGUGAUUGUUCGCACCGAUUAUUUGAACACACUCGUCGCAAUGCAAAAAGGAAACAAUAGCGCUUUUGCUAUGGAUUACGACAAUUUACGAUGUGUGGCCGCAUGGUUUCCACUUGGAGUCGAAUUUCAGUGGGUUAAGGCACAUAACGGUGAUCCGGGAAACGAAAUGGCUGACACAAUGGCAAAAAAUGCAAUUGAAAAGAUAGAAUUGGUCGAUCAAGCUCGGUGGAACAGUCAAGAUCAAGUAGAAAUCGAUCUCGUACUCAGUCCCGGCGUCGCAAUUGACACCAUUGGAUCCAUUGACGCUGGACACGGUUCGCGUGGUUCUUCAGUGAGCUCAACUCGAAGCGAUUCGUCACAAGGAUAUUAUGAUGAUUGGUCAAAUGGAGAGCGAAAAGUUUUGAUCAGAGGAGGCAAAUCAUGGAGAAAAGGUGACCGACCUCAAAUCAUCUACCCACACCAAACACCAAUUAUUCCGUAUCUGCAACGAUUCAAAGAUUCAACGAUUCUGCAA